AUGGAGAUGUGCCGAAACUGGGAAGGUGUGUACCAAGUAGACGCGUUUAAUAUCAUAUCAUGUACAAUGUGUUAUUUUUAUCUUUUCCAAAAUAGUAAGGAAUUAAAGAAACCCCAGUUUGUGAACAACAAUCUUGUUGCUUAUAACGGAACAGUUUUCCCCGAUCACACUUUUCUAUACCCAAAUAUCAAUAAUAAAACAAUAGUGAAUUUAAUUUGUCGAACUUUAGACGAGUAUGAUUGCCAUCGUUGGACUUCCUGUUGUAUCAAUGCCCAGAAAUGUUGUUCCAGGCAACUUUCAACUGGAAAUUACACCGGAUCUGGACGAUAUUGUCCUCGAACAUGGGAUGGUUUUGGAUGUUUUGAUGAUACUUUAGCAGGUGAUGAAACCGUGAUUAAAUGUCCAGAGUAUAUUGAGCAUGGCAAUCCUUACGCUGAUGCAGUGAAGAAUUGUAAUAAUAAUGGAACCUGGUUUCGAGAUAAGAUAACGGGAAAGGAAUGGACUGAUUAUUUGGGCUGUGUUCAAAUUAAUGAAUAUAAAGUGUUAUUCCAAGUUGGUUUAAUCUGUAAUAUUAUCAGUAUUGUUUUACUCGUUCCUGCCUGUGUUGUUUUCUUGUAUUAUAGACAACUUAGGGUCCAGCAAAGGAUUAAACUCCAUAUUUGUUUGUUUGUAUCGUUUGUAUUUACCAGUGUAGUGAUGAUAUUAUGGGAUGUAUUGGUAUUUAAUGAUAGACUAACCAACGCUGCUGCUUUAACCGUCAUGUAUCAAGACCCCCCUGGCUGUAGAGUGUUGUAUAUUUUAACCCGGUAUGCGUUAUCAACAGCCUACGUCUGGAUGUUUUUGGAAGGCUUUCACCUGCAUCGUCUGAUUGUUAAGGCUUUUAAAGUUCCCAAAUCCAUCAUACAUUACCAUUUCAUUGGCUGGGGGUUCCCAGUAAUACCUAUUUACGUUAUACUCAUUUCAGGGUUCCCAGUAAUACCUAUUAUAGCUUAUACAGUUAUUAGAAUUACCAGAAACGACAAAAAUUGCUGGGUAAACAAUGCUGGAGAUUAUGAAUGGAUCGUAUAUUUACCUAAUUUAUUUUGUAUAGCAUUUAAUGUGUUUUUCCUGAUGAAUAUUUUACGUAUUUUGAUGACCCAGUUACAGAGUCACCCUAAUGAACCAAGUAACUACAGACGUGCACUAAAAGCAACGUUUAUACUAGUUCCUCUGUUUGGUCUUCAGUUAUUUUUUAUCAUCUAUCGACCACCAUCAACAUGGAGUGGAUCGUUUAUGUAUGAAGUUAUCUCUAAAAUUGUCAAUAACUUACAGAGUACAGUGGUAGCUUUAAUAUUGUAUUUUUCUUAUAUUUCAGAGUACAGUGGUAGCUUUAAUAUUGUAUUUUUCUUAUAUUUCAGGAGUACAGUGGUAGCUUUAAUAUUGUAUUUUUCUUAUAUUUCAGAGUACAGUGGUAGCUUUAAUAUUGUAUUUUUCUUAUAUUUCAGGGGUACAGUGGUAGCUUUAAUAUUGUAUUUUUCUUAUAUUUCAGGGUACAGUGGGUGCGGUGGUAGCUUUAAUAUUUUGUUUCAUGAACGGAGAAUGAUCUUUGUUUUAUAUUGUAUGUAUAAUAGUGACAAUGCAUGUGUAGAAUUAGCUCCCGUAAACAAGUCAACAAGUUUCAAACUAGAUUAG